AUGGAGGGCCGCUUACCUAAAGGCUACUUCCUGAAAGUGAAGUCCAUCAAUGACUCCCAUGAGUACUGUGAAAUAAUGGACUUCAUGGAGGACAUAAACAACACGAUGACAUCGUGGGCGGUGGUGCCGCCAGAGGUGACCAACGUGAAGAACGACCCGCGCGUGAUGCAGGAGUGCUGCUACAACAUCCGCGUGGAGUCCCAGCCGUAUGACGGCCGGCGCGCCGCCGAAGUCAACUACACCAUCCCCGAGCGGGUGGGCGAGGUGUGGUCGUGCAGGCGCAAGGCGCAGCUGCCCGUGCCGCGUGACGUCCAGGUGUCCGUCAUCGACUCCAGCACAGCCCACGUCUCCUGGACCCUGGACGCCUCCGCGGCGCGGAUCGCGCGCAACAUCUCCCUCACGCUGGGGCGGCAGGUGGUGAGUUCGUUGCUCGACUGGUUUGAGUACGAGUCCGAGGUGCUGCUGGCCGUGGCCAACUGGAGCGGCGGCGGCGGCGGCGCGCUGCGGAUGGAGCACCUGCUGAAGGGCAACCUGCGCCGGCCCGCCCAGUACCUGGUGCAGGUGCGCGUGGUCGACCGGCGCGACUGUCGAGGGCCGCCCGCCGAGAAGCGUUUCUCCACGUUCGUCAAUGUUACGACAACAACAAGGAGAGCGCCUGCGUUGCGUUCGUCUUCGACCACCGAGACUCCUCCAGGUACCGCCAUUUUGUCACCAGGCGGGCAACAGCAGUGGACCACGGCGGAUCUCUUCAAUCAGACACUGACCCCCGCAAACGAAUCUUUGGCAGAUCCAAACGCCAGGUCAAAAGUGGAGCUGGUGCUGGUGGUGGUGCUGCCCACGGUGUCGUUCGUGGUGGCGGCGGCGCUGGCGGCGGCCAUGAUGUACCAGCGCUGCGGCUGCGCGGGCUGGCUGCGCCGCAAGCUUGGCGAGGGCCGGCUGCGGCCCGUAUACAGCUGCCGCGGCGUCUACAAGGCCGUCAGCAUCGACAGUAGCAGCAGCCGCAUCACGCGGGUGUCCUUCCCGGCCUUACAGGAGCGCAGCAUACUCUACGUAGAGAAGGAGAUAGAGGAGGCGAAGGCUCGCGGCGAGGUGGACACGUUCGAGGUGAGCUACGAGCGGCUGCAGCUGGGCCGGCAGAUCGGCAAGGGCGACUUCGGGCGCGUCUUCCUGGCGCGCGCAGAGGCGGUGGGCGGCGUGCCAGGCUGGCGCACCGUCGCUGUCAAGAAGCUGAAGCUGCGCGCGACGGCGGAGGAGGUGGAGGAGUUCCAAGCGGAGAUCGCGAUGCUGAAGCACGCCGGCCGGCACCCCAACGUGGUGGAGAUGGUGGGCUGCUGCACGUUGCGGCCGCCGCUCUGCAUCCUGAUGGAGUUCGUGCCGUGCGGCGACCUGCUGCACUACUUGCGCCGCCUGCGCGUCGAGUACGAGCGCCGCACGGGCGCGCCGCUGCCCUUCUCCAGCACCCGCGCGCGACCCGCGCCCAAAUUUAUUGACAUACAAGUGUGUUUUGUGGACUCGGAGAGCUCCUACGUGCAGCCCGACCCGCGGCUCAGCUUCUCGUCGAGCGGGCGGCCGUCCAUCGCAGAGACCGAGUGGAGCCUGGUGAGCAGCGAAGGCGGCGCGCCGUCCACCCCCACGGAGCGGAGUCCCUGCCCGGGGCGCCCGGGCCACGGGCUCGACUACGUGCUGGACCCGGCGGAGCUGCAGAGCUUCGCCGUGCAGAUCGCGCGCGGCAUGGCCCACCUCGAGCAGCGGCACAUCACGCACAGGGACCUGGCGGCGCGCAACAUCCUCAUCGACGAGCACAAGACGCUCAAGAUCUCCGACUUCGGGCUGUCGCGGUCGGGCAUCUACGUGAACACGCGCGGCAAGAAGGUACCGCUGCGCUGGCUCAGCGUCGAGGCCAUCCGCGACAACCUCUACUCCAGCAAGAGCGACGUGUGGGCCUACGCCAUCGUCCUCUGGGAGAUCGGCACUCUCGGAGGCUUCCCGUACCCGACGGUGAGCGACCACGACCUGCUCAGGUUCCUGCUGGAAGGUCGCAGGCUGGAGAAGCCGGACAACUGCACCGAUGAACUGUACUCGCUGAUGAUGAUGUGCUGGUCGCACAACGCGGACGACCGGCCGUCGUUCGCGACCAUCUCGAAGCACCUGGAGGGCGCCCUGGGCCGCAGACCUGUCUACGUCGACUUCUCCAACCUGCGCCCAGACUACACGUUCCCUCCCACCGAACAGCAACAACAGCACCAGCAGCAGCAGCAGCAGCGGCCGUCUUUCAGGAUGUGAUAUCAGCAGACGGCUCAGCCAGAGUACGCCUUCCUCCCCCCAACAGGGCAGCUGCAGCAGCGGCAGCCGUCCAAGAGACCCAAGGCGCCAGGCAGGUCGACCAGGCGCCACCGAGUCCCGCACCGAACAGCUGCUGCAGCGGCGGCUGCAACCUCGACCGCGGUCAACAUCGUGACGUCACACGGAGUUGAGCCAGUCAUUGUGCACUCUUCCACUGAAAACUAGCAGCGUCAGAAACAACACGCGUCGGUGUCACCUUCCAGUAAAUGAUGUCAUCAUGGAGUACCACCUGGUAACACGUUUCCUCACACCAUCCAGAGACCACGGCUAUCCUUUAGAAAACGCGCAGCUUGGACUAUAUAUUAACUUCAAUAGCAACAGCGACAUCAGCGGUCUGUACAAUGUGAUACAACCCGAAAACUGAAGAGCCUAGUACCAUUCUGCGUGUAUGAUGCCCAAAACUAGUUCAUUCCUACUACAAAUCAGUGGUACAAUAGGAACUAUCACUUUACGGCUUCCAUGUACAGCAUUCGCCUGUGUGCCCGGUUACACUGUACAUUUCUCCCGAUAAAGCGUUGCCGUAAGCAGCACCUUCGUUACCAGCCUUUGCAUGAAUUCAGUGUGGUCCUCCUUUCACUUCCUCAGCCAAGUACAGGACAACUCAGAAGUCGUUGUGAGGAAGGUAGGGCACCAGGACGACUCAGAAGUCGUUGUGAGGAAGUUAGGCCACCAAUGGUGCAACUCAGAGUCUACAGAGCCGGAAAAAUAAAACUGACCCUCAAGACAAUUCAUGCACGUUGAGGUAGGCACCCCAAAUUACAUAGUCCGCUGCGGAUGACAUACAUGGUUUGCCUGCCAUAAGGUUCAUGAAACAUUUUCUGAGCCAGAUUUAUUUUGGACACCCUGCAAAUCACCAAUAAAGGACUGACAGUAGUGUUCGCCCUAAAAAUCACUGUCAGGAAGACAACGUUCUGAUCGGUGCCCAGAAGGCUUCUGGCUGGCAUCAUAAUCAGUUGUUGGCAAUCAGAUGAAAGAGUGAUUUACAACAGAAUGUCCCUGAGCACAACGUGACUCCAAGAACUAACAUAAACUCGCUGACAAAUUCUGCAGUAGGGUCAGCAGGGUGCCAGUGAUACGUCGCCAGCAGUGUCGGAUCUAAAAAGUUUUUCACGCUGCUACUGCUCAUAAGGACAGCACAUUGGUGUGGUUCCCUGACUCCCCAAAAUAUAUCGGCAAACAUCGUGAACAGCUUUUUAGUCGACAGACGAAACUGCAAUUUCUACCAUAGGGGCGUUGAGUACACCGCAACUCCGUGUACAAGGCACGGCAAAAAAUAACACUGAGGCGACCAAAGCUGCACCAUCACGACAGUUACCACGUGUGUAUUCACUUCUCCAUCGAAAAAAAACAGACUGACUGAAACAAGCACAGGCAGAUAUAACCACCUGCCGCAAGCGGCGGAACAGAGUGGUAAAAGCAGGUGCUAACCACAUGUUCACUGACCAAGUCAGCUCAACUGAGGCCACAUUGGCGCCGGUUUAUAUGUAUGGUCAUCGACACGUCUUGUCACAUAUGCUUUGUUCAUUUAUUACCAUUUCAGAAACUAAACUGGGUGUUCACUGAUUGUCCAGCUGUCAUUAUUGCUUGAAAUAUUCAAAGAAGAGCUUUUGAAAGCUACGUUUUUGGACAAUGUGAUUAACGAUAUUAUUCUGGGUUAUACAUCCAGCUGUUCAGAAUUUUGAUUCAGACAUAUCUAAAUCAAGUUAUAAUAUUAAUGUCGUUAUAUAGAACUAUUAGUGUGAGGCAGUCUAAAGAACAUUAGACUUUAUUGUUUAAAUUGAUGUUUGGUAUUUCUGUUAUGGAUUAUUAAAAUUCUGUGCGCCGAAGAAUAUAUAAAUUCUCACAUUAUGUCGCACUUGAAUUAGGAUUUCAAUGGAAUGAUUUGUAUAUAUUCCAGUUCCUUUCACAAAAAUUACGCCUUUAUGAAACGAAGAGCUUAAGCAUUCAAGCUGAUGUGUACAUAGCAGAUUAAUAAUACAUGUUUAUGACAUGAGUGUAUAGCAAGUGAAAAUAAAAGAAAGGCAAAACAUAAGAAAGGCAAAACAAACUGGGAGAUGUAAAUAAUUAUACGAAAUGUUUGUGUAUGUCUGUGUGCGUAUUUAUGUGUAUAUCUGAAGCUCGAGAAACAAAUGUUACAUUUUCUUGCUCAUUGCAGUUGAAUGUAAAAGUACGUUGAACUCAGAUGUGCUGUCAUAUAGUUUGUGUGCAUGUAUGACUUCGUUUAAGUGGACUAAGUUAAUUCGUUGUAAUAUACAGUUCAGAUAUAUUGUGUGUUUCUGAGUACUCAUAAAUGCUUUCAGAAGUCCUACGACAUUUGUUCCUUGGCGUUACAGAAAUGGAGCUUCUCAAAUCCCACAAGCUGUGAUUUCAUUACUUACAGAAUGAAAUUCAUCUUCUUUUUAAACCUGAAACAUCUUAUUUCCAGUUUAUUGAAUUUAAAACUUAAGAGACGUAAUGUUAUGAGCUUAGAAAUGUAAAAGUAAGGAAGGUCUGUAAAACAAAUACAAAUUAUGUAUGAGAAGUAAGGUAUAAUCGAAGUUGCUCCUAGAGGGUCCAGGGGUUGUAAUGUUAUGAAAACACGGGACAGUUUAAUAUUUAUCACAUAUUCAAAGUUGAUCACAUUCAUUUUCUUAACAAAGAAACUUCUUCCUCUUCACGUUGAAAAACUUCACAAAGUCCAGCAAUCGAUGCCGUAGUAAUUCAAAGCUACUACUCAAUGAAAAACAGCUCUCUACUUAUUUUUUAGUGCUUAAAUUUUUUAUGUUGACUCGAGAGUGCAAAUUCAGUGCGCAUUCACUUUGAAAAAUGCUUAGUAAUAUGUACUCGUUUCCCUAUAUGGAAAGAACUUUCGUCUGUGUUCUAAAUUUAGGAAAGACAGCACUUGUAUGCACUGACCUCGUUAUAUAAGCAAAAAUUUUCAUCAACAAAUGUCAUCAUUCUAAAACUUUCUGACGCAUUAAAACUAUCUGCCGGACCGAGACUCAAACUCGAAUUCGAGUCUCAGUCCGGCACACAGUUUUAAUUCGCCAGCAAGUUUCAUAUCAGCGCACACUCUGCUGCAGAGUGUCUUCAUUCUUAUUUAUUCAUUUAAUUGUUACAUUUCCUUUCCCCCACCAGAAAGUAUGUAUAUAUAAAUGGCUGAAAAUAUUCAUCGGAAAAAAAUCAUUGUGUAUACAUGACUCAGCCUUAGUAGUUAUGUGUCAGUCAAAUCUUCAUCAUACUGCACACUCUAAUAUUUCCGAUUGGGAAAAGUUGUCUGUUACUUGUGACAGAACAAAAAAUGCAGAGGCCAUUCUCAAGUGUACAAAAGUCUGUGUAUGAACUAUCUGAGAUUACAUGACUUGUAUAUUGACUUUGGUUACAUAUGGACCUUCAAUUCUGUAUGUUUUUAUCUAUUAAAAGACAAAUUAUCGAUGUAAGACUUUUGACUAAAGCAUUUAUUUUUUCUCUG